AUGGGCAAAAGGUACAAUUCCGUGAGAAGCGCCUUCGCCGGAGGCUGGAGCCAGCAUGUUCGAGACCAGCUCGACAACGUCAACAUCCCCGAGAGAGUGAAGUGCAAGAUCUGCAAGAAAGUCCGCCUGCAGAGCUCUUUCUCGAAGAGACAGCUGGACAUCCUGCGUAACGCGAUGGUCGUCCAGGGCCAGAGCAACGCCGUCACCGGUCCUGGACACGCUACUUGUCGUGAAUGCUCGGGAAACCCGGUCGUCGAGCUCCGCUGUGUCAUCUGUGAUAAGGUGAAGGGGUUGGAUGAGUUUGCGAAGAAUCAGAGACAUGAUCGGGAUACUGCUAAGCACUCCGAGGCUGAGCCUGUCGCUGAAGAAAAUAAGUUGCUUACUGGAAGCGAGCUCUCUAGUGCUCCGCAUCCUGGCAUGAUCAUGGACGGAACUCUGGCCGAGUCCACCAAGAGACUCGCGCUGAGAGACGCGCCCCACGCAGCUUCCGGACGCGACGAUGAGUCUUCUGGCUGGAUUGAGCGAGGCCGUAUUGACGACUACAACAGAGGCAGGGAAAAGGGCCGCGAGCUCGCUACUAUUGACCCCCGGGGUAACGCAGAUCGUCUCCGUCAGAGUGGAUGGGCAUCGUGGGGCAUCACUCCCUCGGACACCGCCGCCAGCGUGACUCACUCCUCUCUACUAACUCCCCGGAAAGAGUCCAACUUCGCCAGGGUGAAAUCGGUUAAACCCCCUGGUCAAUCUCUUCGUGUGCCUGACCCUACGCAAGACCCGGAGGACUCUGACGGCGAGGAGCCCGAGCCGCUGGAUCAGUACCUUUGA